GGCACCCCGUGAGUGCCAUAGUCACCGCAAAGGGAAUUUACCGGUCCUGUCCGCGACGAUACUCACUAUAAACUUUACAGCGAGGGUUUCGGCAAGGACCCAAGCCAGCCGGCGAUGACCAGACCUCUGGCUUGACGCUCAGCGGGGAGAGAAGGAAGUAGGGGCCAUGGGUUUCUCCUACACCCUUCGAUGAACGGAAGUAAGCUGGACCCCUAUAAAUCAAACAACCAGCCCCCCUCCUCAGAGGGGUUUCCACUCUCCCCGUCCCCCUCCUCAGCCAUGGCAGGCUUCAAGCGAGGCUAUGACGGCAAGAUUGCAGGCCUGUAUGACCUCGACAAGACGCUGGGCCGUGGUCACUUUGCCGUAGUCAAGCUGGCACGCCAUGUCUUCACAGGGGAGAAAGUGGCAGUGAAGGUGAUCGACAAGACCAAACUGGACACAGUUGCCACAGGUCACCUUUUUCAGGAAGUCCGCUGUAUGAAGUUAGUCCAGCACCCUAAUAUUGUGCGCCUCUAUGAGGUGAUAGAUACGCAGACUAAGCUCUACCUCAUCCUGGAGCUGGGCGAUGGAGGGGAUAUGUUUGACUACAUCAUGAAGCAUGAAGAAGGCCUGAAUGAAGAACUUGCCAAGAAAUAUUUUGCCCAAAUUGUCCACGCCAUCUCUUAUUGCCACCGACUUCAUGUGGUACAUAGAGACCUGAAGCCAGAAAAUGUGGUGUUUUUUGAAAAACAAGGACUAGUAAAGCUCACAGACUUCGGCUUCAGUAACAAGUUUCAACCAGGGAAAAAGUUGACGACCAGCUGUGGAUCUCUGGCAUACUCUGCCCCGGAGAUACUUCUCGGGGAUGAGUAUGAUGCUCCAGCAGUGGAUAUAUGGAGUCUAGGUGUAAUCCUGUUCAUGUUGGUGUGUGGCCAGCCACCCUUCCAGGAAGCCAACGACAGUGAGACCCUCACCAUGAUCAUGGACUGUAAAUACACCGUACCAACCCAUGUGUCCAAUGCCUGUAAAGACUUGAUCGAUCGUAUGCUCCAGAGGGACCCCAAGCGCCGGGCAUCCCUGGAGGAGAUUGAGAGCCAUACAUGGCUCCAGGGGGUGGACCCUUCCCCAGCCACCAAGUACAACACGCCAUUGGUGUCCCACAAGAACUUGUCCGAAGAAGAGCACAACAGCAUCAUCCAGCGCAUGGUGCUGGGAGACAUUGCUGACCGAGAGGCCAUAGUGGAAGCCCUGGAGACCAACAAGUACAACCACAUCACAGCCACCUACUACCUACUAGCAGAGAGAAUUCUGAGGGAGAAACAGGAGAAGGAGGUCCAGACCCGCUCCUCCAGCCCAAGCAACAUCAAGGCACACUUCAGGCAGUCAUGGCCCACAAGAGUGGACAUGCACCAGGACAUCGAGGACAGCUUGGCGGCCUCCUCCAUCUCUCAUGCUGGUGGCCCCCAGUCUCCAGCGCGCAGUGCUGAGAACCUGCUGAACGGCCACCGCUCCAAGGGCCUGAUGGAUCUGGGGAGACGGGAUGACAGCACAGUGACAGACGCACCGGGACUGCCGGUACAGGGAGAGACUGCUGCUGCCUUGGCCCCUGCUGCAGGUUCCAGCUCGGGGCCCCACAGGGCCUCUACACCCUCCACUUCAGCUGCCAAGCAGAGAACCUGCCUAUUCAGGGUGGAGGAGGAUGAGGAGGAGGAGGAAGAGCAAGACCCAUCUCCCCUGCCAACCCAGGUGAUAAUGCGGCGUAAACCCCCCUCCAUCACCAACCGCCUCACCUCCAGGAAGAGUGCCCCAGUGCUCAACCAGAUCUUUGAGGAGGAGGGUGAGUCCGACGACGACUUCGACAUGGACGAAGGCUUGCCACCAAAACUCAGCCGUCUCAAGAUGAACAUGGCUGGUAGUGCUGCGGCGGGCGCCAGCUUGACAUCAGGGGCUGCCUCCUCGUCCUCGCCAGGGCCAACGCAGAAGCGCUACCACCGCCGCAAGAGCCAGGGCCGGGGCUCAUCCUGCUCCAGCUCAGAGACCAGUGACGAUGACUCUGAGAGUCAUCGACGGCGCCUAGACAAGGACUCUGGCUUCGGCUACAGCUGGAACCGACGGGACAGCAGUGAGGGGCCACCGGGGAGCUCAGGAGGUAACGGGGGAGGCAGCAGUUCUGGGCAGGGUAAACCCCCUGGGGAAGGGGGCAGUUCUUCCGGCCCGGACCGGGGGAGUCCUCCUGGGGGUGGUGGGAAUGGGGGAGGAGCUGAUAGCGAUGGGAAUGGGGGUGGGGGAGGAGGAGGGGGCAGCAAAGGACAGGGCAGCCCUUCCAGCUGUUGUAACAGCAGCAGCACAAACAACCCCUCUGUGAACACUCUGUCCCGGGCGUCACGCACACCGGGCCGCGGUACCGAGCUGGUAGAGAGCCUGAAGCUGAUGAGCCUGUGCCUCAGCUCUCAACUCCAGCAGCACCGUGCAGGGCGGGGCGGGCGCGGAGGAGGUGGAACGGGGAGGUUCAUCAUAGACCCUGGGAGUGUUCCAGGUGGGGUUGGGGGCGGGAAGCCCACGGAGAAAUCCACCUGGAAGAUAUGCAUUGGCUCCAGGGGGAGCCUGGAUACCAUCACCCUGCCCACCACUGCACUGCCCCGCACACACACCGUAUCCCACCACCACCACACACACAUGCACCGCAAGUUGCCGCCGGCAGGCUCCCCGGGCCUGCGGGGGUCACCGAAUGGCAGGGACAGUAACGACAACCUGAGUGGUCUGAAGAACGGUGUGCUCCAACUACCUCUGUGUGAGAAGACCAUCUCUGUCAACAUCCAGCGGGGCAGCGGGACCAGAGAUGGCCUGCUCUGUACCUCGGCACCAGCCAGCUGCUGUCAGGUCAUCUGAAGCCAAUGUCACUCCUUCUCGUUCUCCAGCUCAGUCAAUUCCUUUCUCAUAGACAGCUGGCUGACCCUGCCACUUCUCAACACAGAACCCUUCUUUUUCUCCUCUGUCCUUUCACCCUGGUUUGUAGCAAAGUCCCAACAGACCCUCUCUUCUUACCCCAUUGUCCAGAUCGUACUGGUGUGCUCACAGAGACCUGCCCCAGUCCAACUCCAAACCAAAAAUGUCAGCCUUCCAGCACCUUUCACCCCCCCCCCACCCCGUCUCAGAACACCUCAUUAAAAAAGCAUGUCCCCUGCCUGCAUUUAACCUAACCAUUAUGUUUUUGUUUUUUUGUUUUUUUUAUUCAGUGUGUUUUGGGCUAGCAGAUCUGACCUCACAGCACCUCACCACCAAUGUCACACCUGCCUUCUGCUGUUGUCUUAACCACUCUUAGCACUGCGCUGCUUUACUUAUUGCUACUUUGGUUCAUUAGUUCAGUAGCCUAACUUUCUUCUGAUCAUCUGUGAGGUGCAACUAAGAAUUCCUUGGGCUCUCAGCUUUAAUUUGAGCAUUUCAUUUUUCCUUGUUUUGUUUUUAUAGACGAGAGGCACUUAGAUUAGGCUGGAAUCCAGAGGUUAUUUUUUUUCAAGGUUGAUCAACAAGUUACCAAACGUGUGGAUAGUUUGAUUUUAUUGGGAAUUUAAACUUGUAAAAUGGGAUUAAAAAUAGAUUUUAUUAUUUUUUUUUUUUAAACAGGCCGCAGUAUUGCUAUAUGUUAUCCUGCAGGGCACGCACUUGACAGAACUAUUUAAGUCCUCCUGUGAUGGAGUUUCUCCCGCUUACAUUUAAAAGUACAUGUUAGCUGAGAAGAAGGGAGGAAUUAAGCCCAUGUUGAAGCAGAAAGCGCAGUUGUGUCCAUCCAGACGCCAGCUCCACUUUAUACACUCCACCCCCCCCCCGCACUCUUUCCACCCAGCAUCUUCUCCUCCUUUCAGGAUUUGUCCCCUUUCAAUACCCGCUCAGUGGUGUCCCCCACGUAGAGUCAGGCCUGAAAUGAAGGCCUCGAUGUGAAUUAUUCACAUAGGUUGAUCUAUCAAGUCAUGCAGAGAUAUCACGGUUGUUUUUAAGGAAGAGACGAGGAAGGGGUUUAGUUAUCAUUGAGUGACCUCAUUUUUAAAAGCUGAUAUUAAAUUUAGUUUUGACACUGCAUUUUACUCCAUAUUGCACUCAGACAAUCUGUUUUAUGCUUGUUUUUUUUUUUUUAAUUUCAUGACAUUAAAAGUUAAUUUUUGACUUUUUAUUUUUGUCACCAUGAAUUCAGCUCCUCGUGUAUCGAGUUGCAGGCGCCAACUAUGAAAGCAAACAUACGAAAAGCCUUCGAAUUUCAACAAGGGCUGCUUUAUAAUAAAUACAGUGCACUCUUUGUUUCAUAAACGUGACAGUAAGAGAAGAAACAGUGAUCAUCAUCCAUUCAUGCGGAUUCAGCUCUCUUAAAUGCACUCCUCCAUCACAGCGUACAUUUGUCUGUUCAGGCUAGGGGACCUGAUGCUGUAGCAACCACGUCACCUAAACUGUUUUGGACACUUUAUUCAAGUCACACUGGGCAAUUAUUGACAAUGGAAAUAUUGUGGGUGAUCGUAUAUUAUAAAUUGAGUAUUGAGGGUUUUUUGUUUGCUAUUUUUUUUAUUAAAUGGUAUGUACAGAGUAAUUGACACGGACACUGGUCCUCAUUUUACUGUUCAGAUGACAGGGCUCAGAAGGAGCAUUGGCCUUUCCUGCUUAACCCUGUGUGGUUACUGACGGUGAGAACUCUAAACUAAGAAGUCAGCUUGACUCUAAAAGAAAUAAAUAAAUACGUGUCAGGUCCUGUGGAAAUAAGAAUGUCAAUACAAAGAUCCACAGAAAAGAGCAUCCUCAAUGUAUCCCGGUUAGAAAGCAACUGAUGCGUUUUGAUUUGAAGUCGUUUCAGCUCCAUUUGCACCCACAUAUAAGCUUAUUUAUUUUUUUAAAUGUGUUGACUUUGUUACUGUUCUGACGAGACUUCAGGAAGGCUUGGUUUUAAAGGCUGUUUCAUUAGUAUGUGUAUAUAUGUUUGGGGGGUCGGGGAGGGGGAAAAAAGCUUUAUUUUUAAACUUGGGACUUUUGACUGAUCAACUUGUUUUAAAAUGCUGUAUCGAUGCGGGCCCUGAAGUCAGGGGAGAAGUCAGCGCCAUUUAAGGCUCUCGUUGGUCAGUGCACGUACGUAAGAGCGCUCUCACGCGGACCAUGUGUUGGCGUGUGUUUUAAGACGCACGUAGAUACGCAUCACUACCCGGUUCGUACCGGAAACCCGAUUUGUUCUAACCUCAAUUUAACCCCAACCCUAACCACGCUUACCUUGCGCCUGCGCGAGCCAAUAACAAUAACAACACGGCACAUGCGUAGAACCGAUAGGGUUUCCGGUACGGAUCGGGCAGUUACGAUACGCCCCGUUGACCUCAGAGGCUUGGAGAUUUUUGUUGUCGUCCUUGUCGUCAUGGCUUAGUAAGAAGACCUCCACAGGAGAAUAGGCUUAUUGCUUAUUAGCUUUAAAAGGACCAGGCCUACAUACUAUAAACAAGAGAAGUUAAGGAAGGGUGAGAGAGAAAAUGGGGCGAGGGGAAUGGGUAUAUUUACCAAAAGGGCAUUGGCAAUAAGCUAUACAGUAUGUUGCAGCUAUCUGUACAUAAAACAUUUUCGUUUGUUCAGUUUUCUAUUUCAAACCUGUAUAGCCUUAUAACGGCCACACCGGACUGAAAAGAAAAUGAGGAUGAAAGUUAUAAUUAAGUUCUUUGGUUUGUCUUUCUGAGUUUUCUUUUUUCAAAAGUAAAGCGAGUGUAUAUAAAGUUGUAAAUAUGGUGCUCUUUCUCAUAAUCUAGAACAGCCGAGUGAACCUUUUGGUGCAUAGCUGUACAGUAAUAUAGCCUUAUUAUAAUUAGUCAUAUGGGUGUCUCUGAGAAAAAUGAAAACGUACGAGAAAAAUGACACGAUUCUACUCAUAAUGUCAGGUCUCUUGACUGUUGUCUUAAUCAGCUGUAUCCAGGUGAAUGACAUGUGCAUGUGUUUCAAUGUUUGACAUUAUUGCUCCAAUGACUCUGAGAAGAGACUUGCCCACAGAAAUAAUGUUACUGGACCAAAACCAUGUACUGGCUAAAGCAGAAGAAAAAAAAUGAGGAGUUUGAAAUGACAGAAUUAUUCAAUGUAUUAUUCUGUAGUUGAUACCUGUUGUCAGACGUUACAUAUAGCUAUGGUAAUAUCCAAAAUAAAAUGUUGUGUAAA